CAACUCCUCCACCGCCAUUCCCCACGCAACUUCCAAUCCAACCCCUAAUUUCUCUUGCUCUUUAUAAACCCACCCUCACUCCACUUUCACAUUCAACUCUCUCUCUCUCACACACACACACUCCUGUAUCUAUUUCUCUCUCUAAUAUGGCUCUUGAAGCUCUGACUUCACCAAGAAUGGCUACUCCUCCUGCUCUUCAGUGCGAAGACAUGGACCUCCACUCUGUGGAGCCAUGGACGAAGAAAAAGCGUUCAAGAAGACCACGUAGUGAAACUGAAAACCCAACGACGGAGGAGGAUCAGUACUUAGCUCUGUGUCUCGUCAUGCUAGCUAACGGCGGCGCCAGCGGCAGCGCCAGCCAAGCCAUCUCUCCACAGCCCCAAACUAACUCCUACAAGUGUUCUGUCUGUGGAAAAGCUUUCCCAUCCUAUCAAGCUCUUGGUGGCCACAAGGCCAGCCACCGCAAACUCUCGGCCGCCUUAGCCACAGCCUCCGACGACAACAACAACCCAUCCACCUCCACCACAACUACCUCUGCUCUCAACCCAAGUGGUAGGACCCAUGAGUGCUCUAUUUGUCACAGAUCCUUCCCCAGUGGUCAAGCCCUCGGUGGUCACAAGCGGCGUCACUACGAAGGUAACAUCGGUGGCGGCGGCGGCAACGGCAACGGCAACGCUAGUGGUGUCACAUCUUCGGAAGGCGGUGGCUCGAGUCACACCCACCACCUGGGCUUUGACUUGAACUUGCCUGCCUCGCCGGAAGUCUUCAUCGGAUUGAGCGUUGACUGUGAGAGGAAAAGUCGACUUUCCGUCGACCAAGAAGUGGAAAGUCCUAUGCCGGCGAAGACACGGCGUUUAUCGUUUCCGGCGGAUAUGGGUUCUUUAGAAAUCAAAUUAGAUUAGGUUUAGAAUUGAAUUUUCAUGUUUUUUUUUAUUUUUAUGAAUUGGUUCUGUACAGAGAAUUGUUCAUUGUCUCUGAACUCUCUCUUAGGUCAUUAUUUAUUCAUUGAUUUAGAUAUUA